AUGAAAAAAUUGGAUAAUGAAGAGGAACUUAAAAAAUCAACCAAGUUGCAUAAGGAUUCAUCUCAGGGGCAUUAUAGGAAUUCUGCCCAAAUUAAUGACGAAUCAGUUUUUCAGGAACCUGUUGCUUGUCCUAGUACGAUUCAUGUGAGUCAACAGAGCCUUAAUAAUCUUGAUCAAGAACCACCUUUCCCUCAAAAUGAAGUUACACCGACAGCAGACCAAGAUGGCCCUGGUGCUGUCAAAAUUGCGACAACAGCCUUUGCUGCUGUCAAAAAUGCGACAACAACAUUUGAAGAUGUUCUAGAUUCGUUUUCUACAGCAUCAACCCCUUUUUUCUCAUCUAAGCCUCGAAAAUUGUAUGCUGAUAAUCAGAAUACAGGGGUUGUGAAUGAGGGUAAUCUUGGAAAUUAUUCAGUUAAUGAUACGGAUCAAAUUAAUCGGAUGGGUGCUUCUGGAGGUUAUGGUCAAGGUUUGGAAAUUAACAGUUCUGAAGAAGAUCUUUCGCAUCCCCCGGGUUUUUCAAAUCAAUGUUUUUCGUUUUCGGAAAAUAAUCAAAGCAACACAGGUGGUAUUGAAAAAAAUAAUUCUUUUCUUGAGGAAUUACAAAAAACCAUUGCUGUGGGAGAAGCGUUGGGGUAUAAUAUGGAUGGAUGCAUGGAUCAUGUAAUAGAGAUUUUACAAGGCCACGUUCAAAGGCAAGUUCCAAAAUGA